GAGAAAAACCACGUGCUUCCUUCUUCUACCGGCUUCGAGAAUCCCGCCAUCACAAUUCCACUCACUCAUUCAUUUCGCCUGAUUUUCAGGAGAUUAUCAAGUAUGACAAACCCAAAAUGUUAUUUCGAUAUGUCUAUUGGAGGCACUCCAGCUGGUAGAAUUGUUAUGGAGUUGAGGGCUGAUGUUGUACCAAAAACAGCAGAAAACUUCAGAGCUCUCUGCACUGGUGAAAAAGGAUUUGGAUUCAAAGACAGCAAAUUCCACAGAGUAAUUCCUGGGUUCAUGUGCCAAGGUGGGGAUUUCACUAGAGGAGACGGAACCGGUGGCAAAAGUAUUUAUGGCAAUAAAUUUGAGGAUGAAAACUUCAAGCUGAACCAUACUGGUCCAGGAAUUUUAUCCAUGGCAAAUGCUGGUAAAAACACCAAUGGAUCUCAAUUUUUCCUUUGCACAGCAGAAACUUCAUGGUUAAAUGGAAAACACGUUGUAUUUGGCAGUGUUGUUGAAGGAAUGGAUAUUGUUAAGAAAAUUGAGGGUGUUGGAUCUCAGAGUGGCAAGACCUCCAAAGAAGUCAAGAUUACUGCCAGUGGACAACUAUAGAAACACUUAUUAUUGUGCAAUUUUUUUUUUUUAAUGGAUAUUUUAUAGAAAAUAGCAGAAAUGCGGGUGUAGAUCUUUUCUACUAAUGAAAGUCUUGGACAAUAAAGUGCUUGUUAAACUGUCA